AUGGCUGGACUGUAUGAACGUCGAGCUACCAGUGGUGGGUACACUGGGUACGAAGAAGGGCCGAAAAUACUAUCAACGAUUCGUGUCGCUGACGUUCGUUCACGAUCACAGGGCACCCUUUGCAAGUUCACGCAAGAGGUUCGCGUUGUCUCAGAGAGACCGCUACGCCGCCCACGUCGUCGCCGAUUACCGGGAGGUAUACGUGAAAGGCGGCACGGACGCAAAUCCUGCAAUACGGUAGUCAGUAGGCGGUAUGGCCUACCAACAGGCGCAUACAGGUAUACGCAAGCUCUUUGUCGGACGGAGGUGGAGUACGGGUUAUAUUGGCGCCACCUCCUGCACGGUUAAGCGAGCGACUAGGGCAGACUUACGCCUUACGCCUCUCUCUCUCCCUCUCUCUUUUCCCCUUUCUCCAGCUCUCUGACUAUUCGUAUCUCGUUCUCCCUCGUUGGUUUGCCCCUCGACACCUCUCGCUCGCUCGAAUGCUCGCUUACUCCGGUCUGUUCCGUUCUGUUCUCUGCUCUUCUCUCCUCUCUCUCCCCUCUUUCGGCGGCUUGCUCGCUCGCUCGCGCGCUCUGCCCUCUCGUCCCUCUCCGCUGAUGCUGCAACUCCGGCUCGGCUAACCCAACCUAACCCGCGGGCCAACUUCAUUCCACGCCGACUGACCACCACCGACGGCCGUCGUCGUCCUCGACGCCGUCGUCGUCGUCAUAGAACGCGGGUCACGCGACACGCCGUGUCGACGGUUACCGUGUGUUCGUGCGUUCUCCGUUCGGUUUUUUCGCGCGUCGUCCGUCUACGACUACCUCGAACUGCUAUACGUAUCCCGGUUCACGAGUGACAGAGUUCCGGCUGCGGAGACAGCCAUCGUGAGAGGGAGAAAGAAGGAACA